GACGGGAUUGGUUGGUCUCUAAGUGGGCGGGCCCAAGACUGAACUACAAAUACACGCCUGUCCUACCGGCUUUUAGGCGAAGAUCAGGGAGACACGGCAUAAACUGGAGCUAUAAACCCCGACGGACAUUUUACUGCUUUUAACAGAUUCAACCAUGAGUAAGGACACAGAGAUCGACAUGGAGGAGGUGAAGCUGAACGAGGUGGACCAGGAGAAGCAGCCUAUGACUGGAGACGGCCCUAGUCCUGCUGGAGAAACGAACGGCAGCGUGAAGCUAAAGGUCCCUGAUGAUGUUGUUACGUUCACUGGCCUGUCCAAGGAGGAGCUGAUGAAGGUUGCUGGCACCCCAGGGUGGGUGCGAACCCGCUGGGUGCUGCUUGUCCUGUUCUGGCUGGGCUGGAUCGGCAUGCUGGCCGGGGCCAUUGUGAUCAUUGUCCAGGCCCCUCGCUGCAAACCCAUCCCUGAGAUGAACUGGUGGAAUGAAGGACCUCUCUACCAGAUCCCAGACCUCGAGGCCUUCUCCGGUGGUAUGAAAGGUCUUGAGGCAAAGUUGGAUCAGCUGACCCAGAUUAAGGUCAAAGGCCUGAUUCUUGGUCCGCUUCACACUGUCCAGGCUGAUUAUGUAGACACCCUGAAUCUUAAAAAGAUCAACCCACUCGUAGGUUCAGAUGAAGACUUCGAGGCCGUGUUGACAAAGGCUCACAAGAAAAGUAUUUCAGUGAUUCUUGAUCUGACUCCAAACUACAAGGGAUCUGAUCCAUGGUUCACUGGCAGUGAUGAAGUAGUGGAGAAACUCAUUGAUGCAGCAGAGCACUGGAUUAAUCUGGGUGUUGAUGGCAUCAAGGUAUCUGCCCUAAAUAUUGCCUCUGGCUUCGCUGACUGGCCAAAACUGAGGGCUGCUGUCCAGGGCAACCGCACUGAGGACGCCAAGAAGAGGGCGCUCAUGGGUGUGGUAGCUGGUAUUCCAGCUUUGCAGGUCUCACAAUUGGUUAACGUCUCUGGUGUGGAUCUUGUCCUGCCCGACCUUCUCAGCACCAACGUUGAUGGUGUGGAGCGCAUCAAAGCUGUGGACACCCUCUACUCUCAGCAGAGUAGUGUGGGCUGGGGUCUCGGUGCGAGUAAACUGGAGCCUUUGUCUAAAGUGGCAACGACUCCGGACCUGCAGCAUCUCUACCAGCUCCUGCUGUUCACCUUGCCUGGAACCCCGGUGUUUACCUACGGAGAUGAAAUUGGCCUCCUGCCAGUAAAUGGUACAGAAUCACCCAUGAUGAUUUGGGACACGGAUGAAGAAUCUCCUAAUCUAGAUGAGGCUGCUAAAGCUAACCGGACAGAACGCAGCAAUUUGAGGUCCUGGUUUAAAUCCCUCAGUGAACUGCGAGGCAAAGAACGCUCGCUGCUUCACGGUGACUAUUACCCUCUCGACUCCUCUACCUCCUCCCUUGCUUUCCUUCGUGUGUGGGACCAGAGCGAAAGAUACAUAACUGUUGUUAACUGGGGAGCAAAACCCUCAAAAUUAAAACUUACCCUGCCUCCUACAGAAGGUGUAAUUUUGCCAGAAACGGCCAAAGUGAUGAUGUCAAGAGAUAAAAACCUGGCAGAGGACUCUUCAGUCAGCCUGGACAUGAUCACUCUAGGACCUGAAAAAGCAGUGAUCCUGCAGUUCCCCUUUACCGGCUAAAGAUGGCGCCAAACUUACAGCACAGUUAUCUGCAGAUCAGAUUUAUUUUGUAGAAGAUGCUCAAGUAAGCCGUGCUAAAUCUUAGGAGUUGGAUCAAACUUUAAAAAGAGUCAGGAAAUGUAUUUUGCUACCAUAACAGAGCAUUAGUUGAGUCGGUAUGUGUUUGGUGAAAAAACUGUGGCCAUUUUCAACUUUUUAAAAUAUCUUUCAAAAAAAUACUUUUAAGUUGACUCUACUUUGUUCAGAUGCGCAAGACAUUCCAUCUAUGUAUUUUUUUGGACAUUCCUAUAUUGGUUCUGUUUGGUUCUUGAUUUUUAAACCAGUGUUUUUAGUGGGGCAUUGCAUGGUACAGUUGGUAAAGCAGGUACACUGUGUGCAGAGGCUAUUGUCCUGUGUUUGGUUCCUGAUACUGAGAAUCAAAUUCACCCUCUCCUAUCAAAUUACUGUUCAACGAAGGCCACUAGUCCCCAAAAGUCUUGAAGAAACAAAACUGUUUUAGUGACUGGUUUAGCUCUUUCUUUUUCUUUUUUUUUCUCCUCUGGAAAAUAUUUUUAAUUUGAACACAUGUGACUCAGUCUUUUGGAAAUGAAGUUUAAAAACAAGUAAACUGUUCUGUGCUGA